UUCGUUUUAUUAGUUAUUUUUAUUUAUUAAUUCUAUUAAUUAUAUACAACGAUUUAUAAUUCCGUUCCAUAUUUAAUCACCUACGCACAAGACUUUGCAUACAAUGGACAAAGUAAUUUUUCUCUUUCACUUCAUCAGUGAUUUCUGUUGACAUAUCGAAGAAAGAAAGGGAAAAACCAGAUGAUAAUGAAAGAAAAUAGUAGUAGUUGUUGGUUGUAAGGUAUAAAUUAAGUUAGAAAUGCGAUGACGUAUCAUAAAGCAUAACUCAUGUCAUGUAACACAAAUGACGUUGAUAUAGCGUGACAAAAGGGGGAGGGAAGGGGCAAUGUGACGACAUGUGUUCCCUUGAGAAGGAAUUCUCCGGACAAUUUCCGUGUAAUGAACCUUCAUUUAUGAAGACUGGCAAUAUAAUCUUAUUAUAUUAUAAGAUAUCCUCAUUUUUUUUCACAUAAUGAUGCCAGCAUAUUCUAGGAAUAAAUAUAAAAGAAAAAUAUCACAUAAACAGGGAUCUCAAAAAUACUUUGUUAAAAAAUUUAUAUUAAAAAUAUGAAAUACCGAUGGAUUGGUUUUUGUCCGGUUUAGUAUAUAUUAUACAAGAAUACUAACGGAGAUAAGCAAAUAAACAUGGCCUCUGUAAGUUCUACAUCCGAAGACGAAACAACUGUUACAAAACAAAAACAGAAAAAGGCUUUGAAUUUUAAUCAAAAAAAUAUUAUUUUAAAUAUUUAUCAAAAUGAACUGAAUAAAUAUCCAAAAAAAUCUAUCUCGGAGAUAAUAAAAACAAUCUCAAAUAUUACAGGAGUUUCUCGAAGAUCGAUCCUUAGAAUACAAAAGCAACAUUCAAUAGAAACAAUAUCAUUUCCAAAGAAAAUAUAUCAUAACAUUUUAAAUAAGUUAAAUGAUUACGAUAAAAAUAAGAUAAGGCAAAUAAUCCAUCAGUUAUUCUAUCUAAAUCAAUUGCCCACGAGUGAAAAUAUUUUAGAAGUUGUGAGUAACGAUGCUUCUUUGCCGAAUUUUAAUAGGAGCACGCUUUACAGGUUACUGUUAAAAAAUAUGAAUUUUAAAUAUGAAAAAAUAGGAGCCUAUAGUUUUAUAAACGAUAAAGAAGAAAUAGUUUUAUGGCGUAGAAAUUAUUUACGAAAAAUAAAGGAAUUUAGAGAAGCUAACAAAAGAAUAUAUUAUUUGGACGAAAUGACGUGGAUAAAUGAAAUGCACGUUAAAAGUAAAGUAUUGAAAAAUUCAAAGACUGCUUAUUCACAGAAUGCAUAUUUAAAUAAACAGCGAUCUAAGAAUCUAGAAAAUUCGGAUAAAAUAAAACAAUUUAUUAUCUGUCAUAUUGGUAGCGAUAAUGGAUUCGUUGAGGGUGCCUUGUUAAUUUUUAGAUUGGAGAAAAACAAGAAAAACCAUAAAGAAAUGAAUUCUACUACGUUCGAAAAAUGGUUCACUAUAAUUCUUGAUAAACUUGAAGACAAUUCCGUUAUCGUUAUGGACGACGCUCCUUAUCACUCUCGAAAAAUAGAAGAAACACCUAACAAUUAUUGGGAAAUAUCCGAUAUUAAACAAUGGUUGAAUAAUAAAAAUAUUAACUUCUAUCAGGAUAUGGUGAAGAUUGAAUUGUUGCAUAUUGUAGAACAAUACAGAUCGACAUACGACAUUACUUUUGUGAUAGACGAAAUAGCAAAAUUAAAAAAUAUUAUUGUACUUAGACUACCACCUUAUCACUGUGAAUUAAAUCCGAUAGAAAUAAUAUGGACCGAAGUAAAAGAUUACAUCGUAAAGAAAAAUAUAAUGUUUCGAGAUGUAGACAUGAAAGAAUCAUUUUAUGAAGAAUUAUUUUGUGACGCAUUAAACACCAUAACCGAAAAAAAUUGGAAAAAUUGUAUUCAAUUAGUCUCUAACAAUGUUGAAAACAAAUUCUGGCAAUUAGAUUAUAUUAUUCAAAACAUCAUUGAAUCUUCCAUUAUGAAUUUAAAUGAUAAGAACAAUAAUUCGGAAUCGAAUGCGGAAUCAAAUUCUGAAUAUUCCUAACUGAUAAAUGUUACAACAUUUGAAGAUUAUGUAUACGUUCCUGUCCCGAUCACAUUCCAAUGCAUUUGUUUAUUUUCCCUAACUUGACUCGUAGAACGAAGUAUAAAUUAUUAGAACAUAACGAUCUAUAGAUCUGAAUCAUAGCUAAACAGAUAUAAUUAUAGGAACCAUACUCUAAUACUGUAGUGCUUAAUCUUUUUGUUUGUCUGAAUUGCAUUAAAUAAAAAAUAAUUCUCUCACAUAUAAAAAAUAUGAAAUAAAAUAUGGUAAAAUAUAGUAAAUGCAUACAAAUAAAAAAUUUCAUUUCUUCUUUUUGUUCAGUCAAACUUUUCAUCUACUUAUUUAUUUAUCUUCGCGAUUAAACAUUCCACAAAUACUUUCACAUUUUGUGUACAUGGCUUCAAGCUUCAAGAAACAUUUAUAUGUACGUUGAAGGUGCCAGGCACGUAACAUAGCCAGACAUGACAAAUAUUCUACAAUGUAUUUUUUAUAAACGUAUUUAUAUUGAACAUAACGUUAUCGUACCGAUACCUAUAGAUAUGCAGGCACGACAUUAUCGCAAAGAAUAAUUUGGCUGUUCCUUUAUCUAUAAGUUAUAUAUAUCACCGAUAGCUUGUUACAAUAUAGUUUUAAAUAUCGAUUUUAUUGGUAGUAAAAAAUAAUUUCUUUUUGCCAGACUUCUACUUUUUAAUCGGGAUCUUAAGUGAUUGAAGUAAUUUUCCAAUCCCUAAGACAAAAUUAACCAAAAUUAGAUAUAGGAAAGUGCAUUUUUUAAUGUUGCCAUUCGAUGCAGUAAAAUACAAAUUACAGAACAGACAUCAGCGUAUUAUGCAAUGGAUGACGAAAAAUUGAUAGAGUUUGUUGGAGAAUAUAUAUUGCGAUCUGAUAAUAUUAUGAUCUAUAAUCAUACAAGCCAAGAAUACAUAUGAGAGAUGGUUUCUAAAUAUAUAUAAAUACGAAAUUUCAUAAUGUAAAAUAUAAUAUUUAAGAUUACAAUUUAUUAAAAAUACAACAGAUUCAUACGAAAGAAAAAAUAAAUAAAUAAAUUCAUAAGUACUUAUAAUUUUGUCAUUUUUUCGUAAAAAAAAUAUUCGUAAUGCAAAGGCUUAAGUCUUAGUGGCUAAGCCUCUAAGAGGGUCUUCCUUUUGAAAGUAUAACAGAAGUAAACCCAACAUUUUAAUUCUAAUCUCACGGUGCGAUUGUUCAUGAUAAAGUGAAGAAUCCAAUUGCGGAUUAUAUCAUAAGCGCCCUUAGCAUGUUCUAUUUGCACGAGUUAUUAAACCAUCAUUCAUUCUUGCUAUCUAACAAGCACAGUAAGCGUAAGUAAAUAAAAAAUUUCCUGUGUUCAUAAUUCGUAUCCUAUUGGUCAUUCUAUUUGUUUUUUUUUUUUAUAUACUUAUAUGGAUCUAUUUAUUUGCCCAAGUAACUCUUUCCACGCCCCCCUUUCAUGAUCUUACAGAUAUUUUUUUUAUCCAGUAUUCCUUCUCUCUUGUGCCAUUACUUUCGGGAACAAACUUCGUGCUCUGGUCCUUUGCAUAUGCGACAGACCGCAAUACGAUACGUUUUCAUUGCUAUGCACUUCUUUCGGCAGUUAGAUAAUAGUAAAUCCCUCUUUUACCAUUCGAACAAAUGUUAGAUGUCUAUUUUAUUGAUUGAAGGUUAUAGCAGAACUCUAUU